UAUAUAAAGAAUAUCUUCCUAAACACUAUGCUCCCGCGUGAGUAAGCAACGAACCGAAUAAAGAUUCAAUCCCCAUAUAGCAAGGUAUCGCCCGGUAUUUACCCUAAAACAAGAUGUAAGAAAAAAAGAAAAGAGAAGCCCAAGUCCUCAAUUAAGUUCAGGAUUAGCCGGGAAAUUGAAUUGCCGGCAACUUCCUCGACAGGAUUAGGAAAAGAUCCAAGAAAAAAUGGGGAUCAGAACUCUUCUAUCUCGAACUUUCCGGCGAGUUCUCCUUCUCUUUCUCCUUUUCCCGGUGAUUUUCCCUGUCUCUGGCUUAGGCUUCGCUGGAAUCCGCCAAUUCCAAACCCUUGUUUCUCUUUCGAGCUCCCUCAUGACCAGAGUGGCCAACGCUAGGGCUUCGAGGGGGGACAUCGACGGCUCUGCUAGAGCGAGGAGGAUGGCCGAGAUGCUAAACGGACGGAUGGGAUUCUCCGGAGGCGUUUGGUCGAUGGCCUGGGAUUACGCGCAGAACUACGCGUGGAGAGGAGGCGAUUUUCGACCGUCCGAUCUCUUCGAGGCGGCGAAGGAGAUGGAGGAGAUCACCAGGGCUUUCUCGCAGGUUUCGGGGACGGGUACCCAAUUGGAUAAGCCAGUUUGGGUUUCCAGAAAUUAUGAGAGGAUUUUAGGUGCUUUUAAAUCCUUCUUUAAAAGGCUCCUCCUCCGCUUCACUAGAGCGGGGCCUUUGAGGGAAGCGAUACUGGUUUUGCAAAGAGAGGUGGCGGAGGGAGAUUUGUUAAGGGAUUGUAUGGAAGUGAGUAUGCAAGAUUUGAAUGCAGUGGUUAAAUUGGGAAGAGAGAUGAUGCUUCAUUACUUCUCUCACUCUCCAAAUCACUCCGAUCUUUGACAGUAAUGCUCUUUGAAUGGUAACGUACGACUUAUCAUUAAUUCAUAUGUAAACUACAAGAUGUUCAAGCAAAGACACAAUAUUACAAAAAUGAAAUAACCAAUAGAAAGAGAAUAAGGACUCCUCCUUUGGCAAGAC